AUGUUGCGAGGCCUAAGGACAUUUGUUAUAACAUCGACCAGGAAGCUUGCUGUGCCGGCGAACUUCGCCGCAAAUGCUCCGAUCUAUCUAGAUGUGCAAGCAACGUCGCCCAUGGAUCCACGCGUGGUUGACGCAAUGCUGCCUUAUAUGACUGAAGACUUCGGAAAUCCCCAUAGUAGAACACACGCUUAUGGCUGGAAAGCGGAAGCUGCUGUUGAAGAUGCUCGAGCGAAGGUCGCCAAUCUUAUCAAAGCCGACCCAAAAGAAAUAAUUUUCACCUCAGGUGCAACGGAGUCGAAUAAUGUCGCUUUGAAAGGAGUGGCGAAAUUUCAACGACAAGCUGGCAAAAAUCAUGUGAUCACAGUACAAACGGAGCAUAAAUGCGUUUUGGAUUCAUGCCGACAGCUUGAGCUUGAAGGAUUCAAAGUCACGUAUCUACCUGUUGAAACAAACGGCCUCAUUGAUCUGAAUGCACUGAAAGCGGCCAUAACUCCAGAAACUUGUUUGGUCAGCAUCAUGUUCGUAAACAAUGAAAUUGGCGUAAUUCAGCCCAUGAAAGAAAUUGGUGAAAUAUGUCGAGCUAAGAAAGUGUAUUUCCAUACUGAUGCUGCGCAGGCAACCGGAAAGGUUCCAAUCGAUGUCAAUGAUAUGAAGAUUGAUUUGAUGAGCAUUUCUGGUCACAAACUAUACGGACCAAAGGGUGUUGGUGCAUUGUAUGUAAGACGAAGGCCUAGAGUCCGUCUUGAGGCUCAGAUGAGCGGUGGUGGUCAAGAGCGAGGAAUGCGCAGCGGGACCCUAGCCACGCCAUUAUGCGUUGGUAUUGGAGAAGCGUGUCGAAUUGCUAAUGAUGAAAUGGAUAUGGAUCGAGCACAUGUUGAUCGCCUUUCGAAGUUACUGAUUGAUGGUGUUCAAAAGAAAUUGCCACACAUCAUCAGAAAUGGUGACCCUGAAAGGACAUACCCUGGCUGUGUUAAUUUGAGUUUUGCCUAUGUGGAAGGAGAAUCAUUAUUGAUGGCUUUGAAAUCUAUCGCGCUUUCAUCGGGCUCUGCUUGCACCUCUGCUUCACUCGAACCAUCCUAUGUAUUGCGUGCUAUUGGUGCCGAAGAAGAUCUUGCCCAUUCAAGUAUUCGUUUUGGAAUUGGUCGUUUUACCACCGAAAAUGACGUGAGU